GACAGGCACAAAGGUGUGGUCCAGAGCCUGCCCCGCCCCGUAUCUGGGCGGAAGCUGAGGUUUGCCGGAAGUUGUGAAGCGGCAGUCUGUGCGGCGGCGCGGUGAGAUCGAAAUGGCGACCGAGGGAGAUGUGGAGCUGGAGUUAGAGACCGAGACCAGCGGCCCCGAGCGGCCUCCCGAGAAGCCACGGAAGCAUGACAGUGGUGCUGCUGACCUGGAGCGGGUCACUGACUAUGCGGAGGAGAAGGAGAUUCAGAGUUCGAAUCUGGAGACGGCUAUGUCGGUCAUUGGUGACAGACGGUCCAGGGAGCAAAAGGCAAAACAGGAGCGGGAGAAGGAACUGGCGAAGGUCACGAUCAAGAAGGAAGAUCUGGAGUUGAUAAUGACAGAGAUGGAGAUUUCUCGAGCAGCAGCAGAAAGAAGCUUGCGUGAACACAUGGGCAAUGUUGUGGAGGCUCUUAUUGCCCUAACCAACUGAUAAUGUGCGUUUUCAGACAUUCUGGGCUGAUUUACUGAAAUAAAGUGUUUUGUUAUGCUGUU